GAGUUCGUCACCCAACUUCUCCCUGGGGGGCCCCGCCGCCGCUGCGGGGGCCCCUACUCCCAGUAUGCUCUCACCCUUCAGAGUGUUAUUAAGUGCGCCUAUCAGGGGGCUUCUGGGGGCCCCCAUCAGGGGGCCCCUGGGGGCCCCUAGCGGGGUGCCCCUGGGGGCCGCUGGCAGGGGGCCCCUAGGGCACUUUGUGGUGGGGGCCCUCGAGACGUUGUUGGGGGGCCCCCCAGGGGCCUCCCAGCGCUUCGCCUCCUCUUUACGCUCAACUCCUCCUGUGGGCAAACGGGCGACAAAGCGGCUGCUGCUGCACAACAGCAGAAGCAGAUCUCCCCUGCUGCUGCUGCCUCCCUAUGUUCCCAUCCAUGAGCUGCGGGUGUUCUUCCGUCUGCCGUACCCUUCAGUGUUUCGUCUCUGCCGCAUUUCGCUUUGCCCCACAACGAAGGCCCUGAGGUGGAGAGACACCUCAGGGGCCAUUUACGAAACUUGCAACAAAAGAAAAGUCUUCAUUGAUUUCUUCCGAGCUGCGCAUGCAGCAAAGCAGUGCCCGCAGCAGCAGCAGCAGCAGCAGCAGCAGCAGCAGCAGCAGCAGGGGGUGGUGCCCGUGGUGGCGCUGCUGGGCCACAUAAACCACGGCAAGACAACUUUGCUGGAUCGGCUCGCAGGCACUCAAGUGGGGCCUUUUGAGGCGGGGGGCAUUACGCAGCAGCUGCUGGGGGUGACUGUGCGGCUGGAGGGCAAAGUCAAGACAAAGAGUAAGACUUGA